UACAUAUCGAGGAGUUCACAACCCUCAUAUUUUCAACUACUCCCGAUCUCUCUUCCUCUACUGCUUUGAUCUGUGCUCCUCUCUGUUCGCCAUGGAUGAAGAAUAUGAUGUUAUAGUGCUUGGAACUGGGCUCAAAGAAUGCAUCCUUAGUGGUCUUCUUUCUGUUGAUGGCCUCAAGGUCCUGCACAUGGAUAGGAAUGACUAUUAUGGAGGAGAGUCAACUUCACUCAACCUCAUUCAGCUCUGGAAAAAGUUUAGAGGAAACGAUAAGCCACCAGCACAUUUGGGCUCUAGCAGGGAUUACAAUGUUGACAUGAUCCCAAAGUUCAUGAUGGCAAAUGGUACUCUGGUUCGUGUCCUUAUUCACACUGAUGUUACAAAAUAUCUCUACUUUAAGGCUGUAGAUGGUAGUUAUGUCUUCAAUAAAGGAAAGAUUCACAAGGUGCCAGCAACUGACAUGGAAGCCCUUAAAUCUCCUCUCAUGGGUUUAUUUGAAAAGCGUCGUGCUCGUAAAUUCUUCAUUUAUGUCCAAGACUAUAAUGAAAAUGAUCCCAAAACACAUGAGGGGAUGGAUCUUAGAAGAGUGACAACAAGAGAAGUUAUUGCCAAAUAUGGUCUUGAUGACAACACUGUGGACUUCAUUGGUCAUUCAUUGGCACUUCAUACAGAUGACCGCUACCUGGACCAGCCUGCACUAGACACUGUAAAGAGAAUGAAACUCUAUGCGGAGUCGCUUGCACGUUUUCAAGGAGGAUCACCAUACAUUUAUCCCUUAUAUGGCUUAGGGGAGCUUCCACAGGCAUUUGCAAGACUUAGUGCGGUAUAUGGUGGAACUUACAUGCUGAACAAACCCGAGUGCAAGGUGGAGUUUGACGAAGAAGGAAAAGUUUGUGGUGUCACAUCAGAAGGGGAAACUGCAAGGUGCAAGAAAGUUGUCUGUGAUCCUUCCUACUUGCCCAACAAGGUUAGGAAGGUUGGGAGAGUUGCAAGGGCUAUCUGUAUUAUGAGCCAUCCCAUCCCAAACACAAAUGAUUCUCAUUCAGUUCAGGUCAUUUUGCCACAGAAGCAACUGGGUCGCAGAUCAGACAUGUACCUUUUCUGUUGUUCUUAUUCACACAAUGUUGCUCCGAAGGGUAAAUUCAUCGCAUUUGUUACAACGGAGGCAGAGACCAACCAUCCUGAGACUGAACUAAAGCCAGGAGUUGACCUUCUAGGGCCUGUUGAUGAGAUAUUCUAUGACGUUUACGACAGACAAGAACCUGUCAAUGAACCUUCUCUGGACAAUUGCUUUAUAUCGACUAGUUAUGAUGCCACCACACACUUCGAGUCUACCGUUAUGGAUGUACUCAACAUGUAUACCAUGAUCACUGGGAAGGUUCUGGACCUUAGUGUGGACUUAAGUGCUGCAAGUGCCGCCGAAGAAUAGAGAAAAUCGUCACAGCGGAAAGAGUGGUGUUUAUGCUUGGUUUUUGUAUUGUUUUACAAGGUAAUGUUUCUGAUGGAAAUGAUCACUGAAGUGGGUUGAAGAUACCGUUAAUUUGAGUUUUCCAGCAAAGACAAUUUCAGACAUGAUCAUAUGGCUUUAUGUUCGUUAUGGUAAUUCGUAUAUCAU